AUGGUCGCGCCAGCUGUUCCCGAGUAUGUCUUCCCCUCGUUUACGUGUUCUAUCACUCGCUAUCAAUCGGCCAAAUGGGCCCACUAUCAUUGUGACCUGCGACUGACCCCUGAGUGUUUCCCCAGGAUCUAUGAGGAGGAGGAGAACAUCUACGCCGCUGUCGAUGCCCGUUCCGAGUCCUUACAGAACCUCCGGGAAUUAGGUCCCCCGGACUUGGUUUAUCUGGUUAAACAACCCAAGACCAACGCCCAUCACCAGACGGGUGUUUAUCACCAUGUCACCGGUGUCGAUGCCUCUUCCUCCGCCAGUUUAGCCGCCUAUGUAAAUACGCUUACUUUCUCUCCGCUCGACAAGACACACAAGGUGGUUUCGGGAAUCUAUUGCUGCUACAAUGCCUUCUCCCACCUGGACAUGCGCGUCGAAGUCAAAAUCCCCGGCACUCUGGAAAGCUACUGCAUCGAUGAACGCGGAGACAAGCGAGUUGCGACGGAAGCCCUUUGGCUGGAGACCUUUCUUUGCGGAAUCCUGCGAGCCUACUCAUACGCGGACAAUGGUGGUGGCGAUGCGAUCAGAAAAAUAGUCGGGGUGCGUCGGUUCAACCCGGUCACAAAUACGGAGAUGGAGCACAAAUUCCUGGAUGCUGCGGAGAGACUCUUCUUCUUGGGAAGACAACUCAGUUCUGAUCCGGAAACACAAGUGCCGAAUACCGUCAGCAACCACCUGACGUCCGGUCUUUUGAAGUACAUCCAAACAACGGGGCGCUACACUUCCGGUAUCAACCUUUUCGAGAAACUUCGCACACGAGAUGUAGAGGUCUCGUCGCUUCUUGCCCGAGUUCUCAUCAUGGCAGACGAAGAGGUGCAAGCCGUGCGAUUGAUGUUCGACGCUUUACAAGACGUUCCCAUGGAUUAUGCCUUGCUUGACUGCCAGGCUAAUUUCUGCCAGGGCAAGAACGAGGGUGAGAUGGCUCUAGAGUGUGCGAAGCGGGCAGUGACUGCUGCUCCAAGCGAGUUCAGCACCUGGGCACGAUUGGCAGAGGUCUACGUUGGCCUCGAACAAUGGGAUCUGGCCCUCCUGACCCUGAACUCCUGCCCCAUGUUCACAUACCAGGAUAAGGACACACCUCGUAUGCCCCAACCGUCUCGCAUCAUGCUCCCAAUUCUUGCUGAGAGCAUGCUGGACGAAAUCGACGAAGGACAGCCCAAGCAGGGUGAUCCCCACGAUUACGUCCACCCCUCACUACGCAGACUCCACGCUGCUGCCUAUCAGGGAACCUUCCUCAAGGCGUACAAUCUCCUCACCAAGAUUGCUGCCGCGAUAGGCUGGGAUCAGCUCCUAAAAAUCCGCAGCGAAGUCUUUGUCAUGGAAGAGGAAUACCGUGUUGAGCGCCAGCAGUCUACGUCUAAGCCUACAACCACACCCUCCUCCGCAAGCGCCUCAGACGAACCGAAUGGAAGCAGCGAGCAGGAGAACGGCACGUCGGAGGAGGAGGGCGCGAACGGUACCAAGGAGGAAGAAACAGAGCACUCCAUUGAGAAACCAGAACAGUCGAUGGCAUCGGAAGUCGUCAAGUCCGGCAGCGAAGAUCCUGACCCCUCACACUCAUCCUACACACAAUUCCGCAACAAGCGUCUGUGUGAAAGAUGGCUCGAUAACCUCUUCAUGGUGCUGUACGAAGACCUCCGCAUCUACACCAUCUGGCGCACCGAAAUGGCCCAAUACCGCCAACAGGCGAUCGAGUACAAGAAAUCCGCCACGGAAUGGGAAAUUCUCGGCGAGUUGGCCGAACGCCUGCACCAUUUCGACGAGGGCAUCGAAGCCUAUCAGCACUGCCUAGCCAUCCGCUUCUCCCCGAAAGCCAUGCGGGGGCUCCUCAAGUUGUACGAGAAGAAGAAUGACACGAGAGGAAUGCUAGGCGCCUUGAUCCGUCUUAUCGCUUGGCAGUAUCGCUGGUACUCCGAGUUCUCUCCCGACCUCCUAUUCCUGAUCCGCAAACUCAUCGAAGACGAAGGUGCCGUCAAAGUCCGGAGUAUAGUCCAAGCGACGAACCUUCCUCAACCGGUCCUCGAUUUGACCCAUCAAUACUGCCAACUGUGCGCCACAUUCCGCAGCAGCGGUAGUGAUGGUUAA